CGAUACCUGACAAUUAUGGUUCUGAUGCGUCGGGGAUCACCGAACAUGGAGGACAUUGAGGUGCCCAUAGUCACAGCCAGGGCCAAUGUCAUGGUCUAUGAUGACUGCAAUAAAAGAUGGAUACCGAGUGGCAGUACACAGGGUCUGGCCAAAGUCCAGAUCUACUCACACACAGUCAACAACACAUUCAGGGUUGUUGGUCGCAAAAUGCAGGACCACGAGGUUGUAAUAAAUUGUGCAAUUUUACGAACAUUAAAAUACAAUCAAGCCACCGCAACAUUCCAUCAAUGGAGAGACAACAAACAGGUGUACGGAUUAAACUUCAGCUCGCGGGAAGAUGCCGAAAGUUUUGCUCAGGCUAUGAUGACGACACUUGAAACCUUAAAUCAAGGACAAGGUCCUCUUCCACCCCAAUCUCAGCCUAUAUACAACCAACCAAACAUUGCCAAUCCAAGUGGACCACCAGAUCACAGACAUUCUGGAGGUGGCCAUGUCAGACAGCCGUCAGGGGGAGCACCGAGAGAUUUCAGCCAUUAUGAUGCUCAACAAACACAACAACAGCCCCCACAAGCCCCCAAACCCCCAAGUGCUCCUCAGGCCCCAACUCCACCUGCCCCUCCCCCAGCCCCUGCUGCCCCUGCUGCCCCCGCUGCCCCUCCAGCACCCCCAGCCCCUGCGGCUCCUCCAGCACCACCUGCACCUCCAGCUCCGCCAGCACCGCCCUCUGGUGGAGGACCCCCAGCACCACCUGGUGCCGGUCCACCAGCCCCGCCCCCUCCGCCACCUGUAGGACCAGGCGUAGGAGCUGCCCAGCGCAUCGUCAGGUGGCGGAGGAGGAGGCUUGGCUGCAGCUCUACAAGCCCAGCAACAGAAGAUGAAGAAAGUGGAUUCAGUAAGUAUAUGAUUGCGGACCGGACAAGUGGCGGGGACAAGAACCGAUCAAGUGGAGGUGGCGGGGGAACUGGAAGUGGGGGAGGUGGAGACUUCAUGAGUGAAUUACAAAACCGACUAAAGAAAUCUAAAGCACCGCCAGCCAGUGACCCUGGUACCCAAACUCCACCCUCAGGACCUGUCUCUAGCAAUCGACCGCCAGCCACAAAAGCAACCAAUGGAAAGACAUUAUCAAAUGGAUCAGAUUCGCCACAGAUGAGUAGAAAAUGCCAUCAAAGUCCAGAUAUCUCUUUUCCAAGGAAGCCAUCAUUUUUGACAAAAUCUGACAGGAGAAUGAAUUCCUUACCUGGCCAGGAUACAACGGGGGUUUCUAAUGGACCAAGCAGUUCAGACCUAGAGUCGCUCAAACAGGAAAUCCUUACAGAAAUGAGGACUGAAAUGCAUAAAGUCAAAACAGAAAUAAUAGAAGCAAUUCGACAAGAGUUGGGCCAUAGAUAAAGCGUAGUGUGAUAGUAGUCUGCCUGGUGUGUGUGAAAUCGGACUGCAUUCUCUGUAUGAGUCACCUCUUUGGUGCAGCUUAUCACGAACACAAGGUGGUUACAGGCCCAGCGGACCUCUUCUGCAGACCAAAAUCAUCCUGUUACCAGUAAACCCUGAAAGCUUCAGGCUUCGAUGUCAGCGC